CCAUUCAGUAUGAUUCAGUGUGUGAGCGGUCGAGGAAGUGGUUGCGCGGACGCAUACGAAGUUAGUUUACUCUAUUCUGCAUUUUGUUUGUCGUUGUUUUGGUCACAGCUGAUUGUCAAUAUUUUGAUUUAGGUUGUGUUUCGUGGGAAUUUAACGCUUGUUACGUUGGUAUUCUACCACGUGACUGGGAGUUUAAAUUAGUGUGUUGUGAGUUAGUAUGUGUGUGUGUGUAAUAUGAGUAGUUCUGCAUAGUAAUUUAUUGGAGCGAGCAACGGAACAUGGCUAGCGUGUGUCCAGAAUGCGCGAGAGUCUCCGCCGGCUAGCGUCGGAGGAGGCCAUGCAGCCCCCGCGCCGCGCCGGCCGCCGGCGCUGCGCCGUCGAGCUGAUCGACGGGGAGACCCUCGAGCUGGACGUGCAGCGCAAGGCCAAAGGCGGGGAACUCCUGGACCUGGUCUGCCAGCACCUCGGCGUGGACGAGCGCGACUACUUCGGGCUUCAGCACGCGGAGAGGGGGGACCCCCGCGUGUGGGUCGACCUGAAUAGACGGCUGUCCAAGACUUUCAAGAACUCCCCGUGGGAGGUGCGUCUCGCGGUGAAGUUCUACCCGCCGGAGCCGGCCGACCUGGCCGAGGACAUCACCAGGGACCAGCUCAUGUACGCCGUGAGGCGGGAUCUCAUCGAAGGUCGUCUAUCCUGCUCGCUGGUCACGCACGCACUCCUGGGCUCGUAUCUCCUCCAAGCCGAGCUGGGCGACGCGGAGUGCGAGGUGACGGGGUCCCAGAUGCUGAGGCACCGCGUGGCGCCCCCACGAGCGUUGAGCAAAGAGCUGGAGGAGAAGAUCAAUGACCUGUAUGCCAUGCACAAAGGCCAGAACCCAGCGGAAGCGGUCCAGAAUUACCUAGAGAACGCGAAGAAGCUCCCUCUAUACGGCGCGGAGCUGCACUGCGCGAGAGACGCUGAUGAUGUCGACCUGGUGAUAGGGGUGUGCGCGGGGGGGAUAUCUAUCUAUAGGGACGGACUCCUAAUGAACCGCUUCCCCUGGGCCAAGCUGACGAAGAUCAGCUACAACAAGAAGUGCUACACGCUGAAGCUGCGUCCGAGCGAGUUUGACGAGUUCGAGACGUCUCUGUCGUUCCGGCUGCCGGCGACACGGGCCUGCAAGAAGCUGUGGCGGUGCAGCGUGGAGCAUCAUAUGUUCUUCAGACGCGCAGAAGCAGUAACCGUGGAGAAGGUGCGCCUGUUCCCGCGGCUGGGCUCGCGGCGGCUGUCGUGUCGCCGCACGCUGCGCCAGCUACGCGCCGACGCCACAGACCAACGCACACAGAUCACUGCCUAGAGUGUUAUCUAGGAUUAGUAAUGAACGGGGUG